AUGGCACCGUGCUCGUGGCCUUGCCCAACUUCACCCCGCCCAACACGCAGCUGCAGAUCGGCAGUGGGGGACGUUUUCAACUUCUCGGCUGGCAACGGCUUUGUGUACAACAUCAGGAGCAUCAACGUCUUCCCUUUGUCGGCCGGCAGGAAGCGGGCAGCGGGCGAGACUGUACAUGUCAACGGCAGU